AUGUCGAAAUCUUUCUCUACCGCCGAUGUAGCAGCACAUAAGAGUCCCGAGGAGGGAAUGUACAUUAUAAUCGACGACGGAGUUUACAAUGUCACAGAUUUCGUAGACGAACAUCCCGGGGGAGCCAAGAUCCUGAAGCGCGUGGCGGGCAAGGACGCGACGAAGCAGUUCUGGAAAUACCAUAAUGAGAGUGUGUUGAAGAAGUAUAGUGAUAAGUUGAAGAUUGGGACGGUGGGGGAGAAGGCGAAGUUGUAG